GAAUGGAAUACUCAGGAGAUGUGGUGGAGACUGGGAAAGCUGUCACCAACUUCAAAGAGGGGGACUGUGUCAUUGGUGUGACUGAUGGAAAAGCUCUGGCCGAAGAGUGCAUUGCAAAUCCAAAGCUGCUUUGGAAAAUCCCCCAAGGAGUAUCUUAUGAACAAGCUGCAGCACUGCCUGCUUCAUAUGGGACAGCCAUCUUGGCCUUGAAAUAUAGAGCACAAACACAGCUAGGGUGAUAGCAGCAGCAGGAAGUGAUAGUAAAUGCCACCUGGCUAUCCAGAAAGGAGCUCUCGAGAGUGUGAAUUACAACGAGGCUAGUCUGAAAGAAGAAGUGAAGAAGCUAACAGCAAACAAGGGAGUUGAUGUGGUUAUUGACACCGUUGGUGGAGACAUCUUCAAGCAGGCAUUGCAUAGUCUGGCUUUUGAAGGCAGAAUUGUGGUGGUUGGUUUUGCUGGAGGAACGAUACCGUCCAUUCCAGCCAACAUAUUGCUUCUGAAAAACAUCUCUGCUCUGGGACUAUUCUGGGGCCGGUACCGGGAUGAAAAGUUCCCAGUCUUCUCCUCAACCAUUUCUUCAGCCCUUUCAUAUUACCAAGAGGGUCAAAUCCAGCCUCACAUAGGAGGAGUGUUCAAACUAGAGGAG